CUGUUGGACCAGGACGCACAUCAGUGGAAUCAAUCCACUUUUACCAUUUUUCCGAGUGAUUUUUAUGUUUUUGUCAAUGUUAUCGGUACCCACUCUAUCGCGUUAAAGAUUUUUUUUGUUGGGCCCUGAUAAACAGGAGAAUAUUCAUGAAAAUGUGGAGGAGGUUGAGAUUUUUCCUGCCGGUGUUUUUCCUCUGGUGCACGAAUGCUUCCCCGGAGAGUGACUUCGAGACAGUGCGCACAAGCAACGCGGCAAUUUUAAAUCGUCUUGGUCUUGUGCCCCUGGAGAUACCAGACGGUCACCACAAGAAGCGUCUAGCUGGUCCAGAGCCACCAGAAUUAUCCCACCCCCAGACACGCUUGCACCAGCCUUACAGCCGUCGUCAUGGCCAUCGCGACAGUCACGUGUACGUCGUGAAAUUACCAGCGAGUCCGCCGUACUACACGAUCACAAAGCCCCACAAGUCACCACCAAAAGAUGAUAAACUAUCAAGUAAAAUGGCAACGAGUAUAAACGGCCUGAGCCCAAGUGUUGUCCAUCAAUCAUCGUCCGUUGGUUUCCACAGCAAUGGCAAACCAGCAAAGAUAUACCACUGGAAUCUCCCAGUCAUGAAGAAAAUCGGCGAGAAGAAACGAUUGCACGCCCAAUUCCGAAUGGAUCAGCUGAGAAAGAAAUUGGCAUCUGAAAAAAUUAUGGAGACCAACAAAUUACUCAGACAUAAUAACUCUCUCAAUGUCCCCAUGAAGCUCCUGAAGAGUGAUGACAACCUCAACCGAUUAUCCAGCAACAGUCUUCCCAAUCAAUCACCGAUCAAGCACACGAGAAAUAAUGACAAAAUUUUGAAUUAUCCUGAUGAAUCUAGUCGUGCUAAUGGUAUUGUUGACAAGAUUAAUGGAACACACAAGAUGUUCAGACUUGAGGAUUCAAUGCUUUAUCAUCUCGCUGAUAACUCGAAGGAUCGUCUUAACACCUGGAUCUCCAAUGAUCUUCAUGGAAUGAAAACCAGUGGUUUACAGAAACCGAAAAAACACCGGAAGAAGGCAGCCAUGUCCUACUAUGCACCCAUCACGGCUAAAACCGGCUCAACGAGCAUCCACAAGAACUUCCCCGGGAACGGGAAGCCCAAAGCCUUCUACGUUAUGGAGAAGAGCCGUAAACCAGUUUACUAUCAUCCCCUCCUACCGUAAUUCGAUUGAGUCUUAAUCGAGGGGAGAAACGAAUAGCGAGGGGGGGUAUAUCAUUUUACGACUGAUGACUUAUUACAUUUGUUUUUUUUUUUCGAGUCUUAUGAUAAUGACUGAGAGAGAAAGAGACUUGACAACUUUUUCAACGAAACAAUUCUUCAGGUCUUCGAUUUUUCAGGUUUUCAGGUUUUCAGAUUUCCAGGCCCUCGGGACGAUUUUUUUUUUAUUUUUCUUUUUUUUGAAAAACUUCCGCCAAAUUUUUUUCGACGAUUUUAUUUCAAUUCGUUUAGGUAUUCAUUUAAGUCUGGCUCAAUGUAUCAUUGCAAUGAGAUACAAAUCUCGGUACAUCUGUUAAUCCAAAUGAAUUG